ACUAAUCCCUGCGGCACCAUCUCCGAUGAUCUCUUCCCCUUAAUACUUUCUCUCUCUCCAGCCGGCCGUCCAGACUGACAUAAAGAACAUGCAGAAACAAGCUUGCUUAAGUGAAUACUAGUCGGCCAGGCCAGCAAGCUGAUUGCAAUUGUUCUUGUUCUUGUUCUUCUGGUGGCUAAUAAUCAAGAAAUUUAUUAAUCUUCUUUUUGUUGGAAUUUCCUUGUUAGUUACCUGCUUCUUUGUCUUUUAUAUGUGAUCUUAUCUAUUGUGAUGCACUUUCUGAAUUGAAGCCUCAUCUAACUUAACUAAUUUAUAUCUCGCCUUUUUUCCUGUAAUUAAUUCAUAUUCCAGGUCCUAUUUAAUUUCCUAAAAGAUUAGGUGGAUUGCAGAUAACCCCACAUGUUGCCGGAUUCGCAGUAAUAACUCUACAAUUAAAACCCUACCAAUCUCUCUAUGCCUUAAUGCUGAAGAUAAUUAAGCUUAGUUUUGGGUCAAAGAGUAAUUACCUGAGUGACUGAAAUUUGCUUCACCUCCCUCUCACUCAAGCCCCCUAGCUAAUGCCAAUUCAUUUCUGUUGGUAUUCUUUGUUAGAUCAACAUAAACAGAAGUAAAGAAGAAGGGUUUCAUGGUAUCUUUGUUGAAUGGAUAAACAAGUUAAUUUAUGAUUUUAAGUUACUCCAUGUGGAUCACGCUUCAGCUGACAAGUAACCAUUGACCCGUGAACCUGUAGGGACAUAAGUUUUUAUUGUCAUAAAUUGUACACUUUCUGACCGACACAGAACAGAAGAAGCUAACAGAAGAAGCUUACAAGCCAUGGAGUUUAGCCCCAGUUCCAAGAGAAAAAAGAUUACAAACCAGUCCAGUCUAUUGUGUUGUAAGCUGUUCAUUUCUGAAUCGCGAAACCUCUCAGCUCUUAACUCAAUAGAACAAAGGGCUAGGCUUGAUACAGAGACAGUGAUUGUGAACAAAUUUGAGGAUCGAGCAUACAACAGGGUCCGUUACACACUUGUAUCUUACGUUGUUCAUGAUAGCACAGGUGCUGCCAUUUACAGCCCAUUGCAACAGUGUGUGUUGGCCAUGGUUGAGGCUGCUUAUGCAGCUAUAAACCUUGAGUUACACUCUGGUGCCCACCCUCGGCUUGGUGUUGUCGAUGACAUUGUUUUCCAUCCGCUCGCUCGGGCAUCUUUGGAUGAAGCUGCUUGGCUUGCCAAAGCAGUUGCAGCAGAUAUAGGCAGCAGAUUUCAAGUGCCUGUGUUUUUGUAUGCUGCAGCGCACCCAACAGGCAAGGCACUAGACACCAUCAGACGUGAGCUUGGUUACUACCGGCCUAACUUCAUGGGCAACCAAUGGGCAGGUUGGACGAUGCCUGAAACCCUUCCUGAAAGGCCAAAUGAAGGCCCCAGCCAGGUGUCUCCGGCCAGGGGUAUAGCAACGAUAGGAGCUCGUUCUUGGGUUGCAUUGUACAACAUACCCAUCAUGUCUACAGACGUCUCCUCCACUCGUCGGAUAGCUCGAAUGGUGAGUGCCCGUGGAGGUGGACUGCCGAUGGUGCAAACGCUGGGCUUGGUUCAUGGCAAGGACUCCACCGAGAUAGCUUGUAUGCUCUUGGAACCCAAUCAAGUUGGAGCUGAUAGGGUCCAAAGCCGGGUCGAGAUGCUGGCAGCUGAAGAAGGGCUGGAUGUAGAGAAGGGCUACUUCACUGAUUUUUCACCAGAAAUGAUUGUUGAAAAAUACUUGAAUUUGAUUUCUGUUAACAGAGACUAAUUGAACAAGUGUAAAUUUGAUCAUAGUUCCAACCAUAUGCCACUGGAACCUAUUAGACAAA